AUGGUCACGGGUAGCGCCGAAGUUGUACGACAGCUGAGCAAGUUCCUUGGUGUAGUUGGGGAAAGGGUUCGCAGACUCCAGCUUCUCAGGGGCACCGGUCACCAAGGCAAAGGAGUCGACCACCUCGUACUGCGAUUCAGCAACGGACAAACAUCUGUAGUACGUGUGGCUGGAGUGGGUGGGGAAAAUCUCGGCAAUCACCACAUAUUUGAUGUUUUCGUGUUUCCCCGUCUCGCAGAAACGCCAGAUGUAGAGGUCGGUGCUUCCAGGCAUGAGGGUCAUUGGCAUCGUACGGAAUAUAACGUCGCCGAUGUUCUCGGUUCCAGAGCCAGCGUUGCGGUUGUAAAUGAUGUCGUACGAUGGUGCCUUGUGGUUGACCAUACCCAGUGGACAGUUGGACUCCUUGAUGUUGAGCGUCUGCUUGACUACCGGCUUAGGGGCGGACCAGCCGAGGGUACUCAUAACGGUCGCCCAGGUGUCCGAGAGAACAUUUCCUUCGCUAGCAACCUGCUUCAACCACCAGACCUUCCUCCUGGCGCGGAACAAGCGCAUAGAAACACGCUCGCCAGUGACGUCGUAAGACUCGAUCAGAACACAGAGACGCUUGAGGUCAUCCUUGUAGGUCAAAAUCGUACGCCUGUCGUACUCACCGUACUCCUGGAGCAGCUGGCUGUAGUACAUGACAUCCCCGAGCGUGGGAUUGUCGUAGGUGUGCGGAAGCAGCUCCGUGUUCACCUGGUAUAG